ACGUGACUGCCGCUAGCCCCAUCUUGAUUUCCCCUCCACACACAAAUUUUGGAGCAGGAGAAAAAUCCAGCCCCGAACUAACAAACAGGAAGGUAUCCCGCCAUCACGUCAAAAUGGCUACCACCCAGGCAGUUCAGGUGUUCGGCAAGAAGAAGAAUGCCACAGCCGUCGCGCGCUGUGUGCAGGGCAAGGGCCUGAUCAGGGUCAACGGCAAGCCGCUCAAGCUGUUUGCCCCCGAGAUUCUCCGGGCGAAGCUUUACGAGCCCGUCCUCAUCCUCGGCACGGACAAGUUCGCCGAGGUCGACAUCCGCGUCCGCGUUACCGGUGGUGGUCACACUUCGCAGGUCUAUGCGACGCGCCAGGCUAUUGCCAAGGCCAUUGUCGCCUACUACGCCAAGUACAUCGAUGAGCACUCCAAGAACCUCCUCAAGACCGCUCUUAUCCAGUUCGACCGCAACCUGCUAGUCGCCGACCCCCGGCGUUGCGAGCCCAAGAAGUUCGGUGGAAAGGGUGCCCGUGCGAGGUUCCAGAAGUCCUAUCGUUGAUCGGUUUUUUGGUCAUGUUGGGAAGCGGGGACUUGCGUGGACACGGACGGCGUUCGGCAUUGCAUUGAUCAGCUACGAGUCGAUAUUGGCCUCCGACGAUGGCCUGCUGAGGUGCACAUUCAUGGCGCCUCGGGAGAUAGGAAUAAGACUCGAGUCUAUCUGGCCCCCACACGAUACUCCUGGCGGGUUCAUACGUGGAUCAUGUGAAUCUGGGGAACGGGUGACUUUUCGGGGAAGGAUGGGAGUCGUGGAAGCAGUAGAGCAGCUCGAGUGACCGCCUGGUUUGCCCGUGCCGAGGCGGGAAUGCGAUCGGUGUUUCUCCAUCCCGGAUGUCCAGAACAGUGCAGACCCAGAAUCGAGAGUUAU